GUGUAAUGCGUUACAACAAGAAUCCCAUGUCUAGCUCAAGGUUUUGUGCUAUUUUUUUUUCCUUCUUCUUCUUCACAAAAUAAGUUCUCUGACGACGAAUAGGGAGACAAGGUAUUGAUGCAAAUGCAAGAGAAACCGAUCAAAGUAAAGUGCACUUCAUCCCAUUGAUAGAAAGCCUCAGACCUGUUUUCUGAGUAGCUGAUUCAAGGUUGUGAUUUUGGGCUGUUGUAAAUAUGAUGACGAGUAUAGAAGAACUUAAUUGGAGACAGAGACAUCAGAGGUUAGAUGCACUGAAGGCUUCACAAUACCCAGAGCAGAAGAACGAUGGGGUAAAAGAAAUGAUGGAUGAUGGAUUAUAUGAAGUAACGAAGGAGGACAACGUCGACGCCUUCAUUGAUGAGCUGGAGCUGGUUUCGUCACAAAGCCAACUUUCUUUGAUGAACAUGAUUUUCAAUCAUGUUAGUCCCUCUGGAAAUAACUUGCUUCAUGUUGCAUCUAGCUGUGGAAGCAAAGAGAUUACAGAACUCCUUGUUAGCCAUUUUCCUUGCUUAAUCGCUGUUAAGAACUUCCAGGGUGAUACUGCACUUCAUGUUGCUGCCAGAGCUGGAAUGCUGAACACAUCAACGAUUUUCAUCAAUUAUGCAGUCAACUACAAGGAAUCAUAUGGCUUACUAAGGAUGAGGAAUGAAAAAGGAAACACUCCUUUGCAUGAAGCAGUGAUCAAUAAACACCAUGAAGUGGCCGAACAUCUGGUUUUCUAUGACCAUCAAUUGGCAUACUGGCAGAACGGAGAAGAUGCUCUCCAAGCAGAAGAGAAAGGAAAGUCUCCAUUGUAUCUAGCAGCGGAAAAUGGCGAUGAGAAAAUGCUUGACAUUCUUUUGCAAGGUAUAGCUAGAGAUGGUGAUAUCAAAUCACUGCUGCAAGGAAGGUCUCCAGCGCAUGCUGCUGUAAUGAAGAAAAAUUUAGACAUAUUGACACUAAUGGUAAAUAGAAGGCCAGAGCUAUUGCAGUUUAAUGAAAUGGGAGAAAAUCCAAUUCAUUUUGCAUCUUCCAUCGGCUAUCUUAAGGGAGUUCAAUUCCUGUUAAAAAAUUAUAGAAAAGGUACAAUAGAGAAGAACGAAGAAGGCCUCUACCCUAUUCAUGUUGCAUGCAAAAAGGGCAAACUAGAAGUAGUAAAGGAGUUGCUUAAAGAAUGGCGUGAUCCAAUGGAUUUUCUCAAUGAAAAAGGGCAGAACAUCCUUCAUGUUGCGGCAUUGAAUGGAAGGAAAAAUGUGGUUGAGUAUAUACUCGGAGAUGAUCGGUUUCAGGAACUUGUAAAUCAGAGAGACAAAGAUGGAAAUACACCUUUGCAUUUGGCUACAAAACACAACCGUCCAACGGCAGUGUACGCUCUGGUGAGGGACCGCCGUGUCCUUCAGGAUGCUUUAAACAAUGAAAACAUGACUCCGUAUGGUGAAGCUCAGAGACAAUCUAAAAAGUUGGAUCAAAAUGCUGAACCUGAGACACAAUCUACGAAGUUGCUGGAAAAUCUGGAAAUACCUAUUUCAGAUGGCAAGCACAAGCAACUUCGUCCAAAGACUCAUAAGGACUCACAUGGCAAUAGGAGAGAUUAUUAUGGAGUGCUAAUGACACAUGCAAUCUUAUUCCUUUCUGGGAACCUUCGGGAACACCUAAUUGGUUGCCUUACUGUCGAAAGCAAGCGCCCAUCUAAAGAGGAUAUAAAUAACAGGAUACAGAUUCUUCUGGUGGUAGCAGUACUUGUUGCUGGCGCAAGCUUUGCUGGUACUGUGCAGGUGCCUGGAGGCAGUAAUGAUCUAUCCCAAAAAGUAAAAAUCCUCAAGCAUUUAUAUUUUCUAUAUGACUUGCUAGCAUUGAAUUUCUCGGUGGCAGCAUCUAUAAUCUUGUGUUGGGCACAAUUAUAUGAUCUGAAACUUUCACACCCUGCGAUUUGUUUAGCUUCAUGGUUGGUUGGUGCCUCUAUUUUCCAAAUGUUCAUGGCAUUCCUGUUUGCUUUGGGCAUAGACGCAGUUGAUUUCAAUCUCAUUUUUGUGGCUACAUUUGCCGUAGGAGCUAUUUUUCUGCUUAUUCAAACUAUCCUUUUUCUUCCAUUGUUUUUCGUUCCAUUCCUUACUCCACUAAGCUUCAACAAAAUUUUCGAAAAUCUAGUUUCUCCUUUCAUAUAUUUCUGGAUGUUUUUCCUCCAUUUCUGUUUCCAAGACGUUCUUGACAGGCUUAAUUUUACAGAAGAGGAAGAAAACUAGUUGUGAUUCUAUUCGUUUUUCUCAAGUGAUUGUGAGAAUAAUUUGAACUUCUUGUCUAUUUCUGUUUCUACUUUGAUUGAUUAUUUGGAACAGCUUGUAUUUGCUUAUUUAAGCCUUAUUUGUAAUCCAAAAAAACAAAACUGUUUGCAUGUACUCAA